UUCCCACUGAAGCCACUUCACCCUCAAUUAAGCCCAGGCCGGCGUCUUCUUUCCAUCUUCCCAUAAGAACCCUACCCCCCAUGUACAUUUGAUCCUCAACUCCGAUCCAUCGAUCGAUCAGCAACUAAGUAGCUAGCAGCCAAACAAUCAUCCUAGCUAGGCUGAUUGAUCCAAGCUAGCUUCGUCGUACGUGCAGCGCAUCAGCCUAGCUAGCUAGCAAUGGCGGCUCUGGUGCAGGUGGUGGCGGUGGCGCUUGCGCUGUGGUGCUGCGGCGCCGCCGUCGUGGCGUCCGCCGCGGCGUCGAGCCCGCCGCUGGUGUCGCCGAAGGCGAAGCCCGGCGUGCGGCCGAAGCUCCCGCCCAAGACGAAGCUGACCACCAUCACCUUCAGCCCCCACCACAAGCGCGACUACCAGGUCACCUGCACCAACACCGGCCGCCGUCCCUGCGUCGUCUCCUGCCCUUCCAACUGCCCCAACAAGUGCCUCGUCGCCUGCGCCUACUGCCUCACCUUCUGCAUGUGCGAUCUGUUCCCCGGCACGUCGUGCGGCGACCCACGGUUCACCGGCGCCGACGGCAACACCUUCUACUUCCACGGCAAGAAGGAGCAGGACUUCUGCAUCGUCUCCGACGCCGACCUGCACAUCAACGCCCACUUCAUCGGCAACCACAACCCGGCCAUGAAGCGUGACUUCACCUGGAUCCAGUCCCUCGGCAUCAGCUUCGGCGACCACCGCCUCUACAUCGGCGCGCGCCGGGCCGCCGAGUGGGACGACGACGAGGACCACGUCCAGAUCACCUUCGACGGCGAGCCCGUCAACGUCGACGCCGCCAAGGGCGCCCACUGGGUCUCCGCCGCCCUGCCGUCCCUCUCCGUCUCCCGCACCGACACCGUCAACGCCGUCGCCGUCGAGCUCGACGGCGUCUUCGCCAUCACCGCCAACGCCGUCCCCAUCACCGACGACGACUCCCGGAUCCACCACUACGGCAAGACCGCCAAGGACACCCUCGUCCACCUCGACCUCGGCUACAAGUUCCACGCCCUCUCCGGCGACGUCGACGGCGUGCUCGGCCAGACUUACCGCCCCACCUACGCCAACAGGCUCAACAUCACCGCCAAGAUGCCCAUCAUGGGCGGCGCCGACAAGUACCGCUCCUCGGGCCUCUUCUCGCCGGACUGCGCCGUCUCCAGGUUCCACCGCCGCCGCACCGCCGGAGACCAUGUCGCCCUCGGUUUUGCCUCGUAAAUCGCCGAUCACUCGUCUACUCCAACCAAGUGAGAUACGAUCGAUCGACUAUGAAAUAAAUCGACACUGAUCAGUACGUACGUAUAUACAUACUCGUGCACCACGUCAAAGCAAGAAAUAAUAUUCUCAUUAUGUGGAUGGUGCAUUGAUUAAUUCCAAAAUUUUAUUGACUAUUAUUAUGGAGCUCUUUCGAUUGAACAUGGAGUAAUAAGGAUUCUUGAUUUGUUUUGA